CAUGAUAGCAGUUGAUAGGAAGAUACAGAAGUGAAAUACCCUUCAGAUCGUCGAGAAGAAGCAUGCAUAGAUGCACAGAUCAGAUCAUUAUAGUGGUAUACAUAGCUUAAUAUAGAUUCUAGCGAUUCUAGACUCCCCCAGAUAACCUUCCUUAUUCCAUCCCUUUAUAGAAUCUGGAAAUGUCUAGACAGUUCUACAUAGAACGAGCAACCGCCAAUGCGACAACUUAUCGUUUCUUGACGGGAGUGGGUAUUGGCCUUUCAGCAUUUCCCUUUCUCACAGGAUUUGGAACGAACAGUUUUGGACUGGUUCCUUUGCUUGCGAACCCUUUCUUACGGAACGAAUUCGGUGUCCCGGUCCAAUCGGCGAUUCGACAAUGGAACUGGUAUUUCAACAAGUCUGAGUCCUACUUUUCACUCGCUGGCCCAUUGUGUUCGCUCUUCUUUUGGCAGGCUUCAUCAAGACUUUGCCAAUUGAUUCCGGCGUCAAUUCCAAGAGUUGCAAUUCAAACUCCAUCAUUCCGACCUGUUACCGCUGCACGGGCGGUAGAGCAGAGUUCACCACCAUCAGAUGUGGAUUUACUUCUUCGCAUUCUUGCCGUCUUUGCCAUGUUACCGUUCCCAUACACUUUCAUUAGACGUAAGUGAAUGAUAAGUGAUAGACUGGUCUCUUCUGCAAGCUUCUGACCUGUUCCGUACCUCUCCUGCUCAACAGUCAGACCGAUCAGCAAUUCUCUCUUGACAUUGUCUCAAAAGAUAG